AUGCCGCCCAAGCGUGCCUCCUCCACGCUCGCCGCGUCCAACCUGGGCGCCUCGAGCUCCAAGGCUCGCGCCGCCUCGCUGGCCGGCAAGGCCGCCGCGGCAAAGUCGUCGUCGUCGUCGGCGAAGCGCACCAGCUCCACGGGCACAUCCGCCUCUGCUGCGUCGCGCGCCGCCAGUCCCGAGAAGCAGGCGCUGCAGCAGGCAAGCACAAAGGAGGAGCAGCAGGCGGCCGAGCACGCCGUGCAACUGCAUGUUGACGACCCGGCGUGGGACGACGUUUGGGAGACGGAGAAGCAGAGAGCGGGCAUGGGCAAGGGCAUGCUCGUGCACGCCUCAAACGAGACUCGCAUCGAUUCUCUCCUUCGUGCCUUUGACCUGGACCCACGCUACGGCCCCGCGCUCGGUCUGACGCGUCUCGAGCGCUGGACGCGUGCACAGAACCUGGGCGACGAGCCGCCGCUGGAGAUCAAGUGUAUUCUGGAGACGAAGCAGGGCCGAUUGAACAUGCGCGACUCGAGACUUGCCGGCAUGGGCGUCUGA